UACAUCAGAAUGAGUUUUUUCGUAGGUAAUAUCUGACCCAAAUUUAAAUAGUGGCCAGGUGUAUAUUUUAUUUCCACGGACAAUAAGAACGUACUUGGUAUAAAUACCUUUUCGUACGUCUAAAAAAUGUCAGAUCGGCACUCGACUCGCGGUCGUUACCACCAGUGAAAAACCAAUAGCUUCAAAAUGCUCUUGCUCGUCUGUAUUCUUGCCACGGUCGCGCUGCUCGAGACAUCCGCGGCAAGCAUAAACGAAAUACCAAAAAUCGUCGGUGGUUCUACGGCCGAGGAUGGACAAUAUCCUUAUCAAGCUUCGCUUCGCUACAAGGGCCGCCAUUUUUGUGGGGGAUCGGUAUUGAACAAGAGAUGGGUAUUAACAGCCGCUCACUGUUUGUCCAGCUUCAACGAUACCGGAAUAACCGUCGUGUUGGGCACGAAUACUUUGGACCAGGGUGGCGACGAAUAUCAAUCCGAAAGAGUGAUCGGUCAUCCGAGGUAUAGUUCAGCGUUGAUCAGAAACGAUAUCGGUUUGAUCAAGUUGGACAAGGAUGUCGUUUUCGGGGACAAAAUAAAGCCUGUCGCUUUACCGAGCGAGAACUUCAGUAAAACCGAUUACCCAGCUAUGCUGUCCGGAUGGGGUACCACCAGCUAUCCUGGAGAGGCGCCGAACAAAUUGCAGCACAUCGAGCUCAGCGUGAUCGAUCAAAAACAAUGUUUAAACACCAGCUUUCGCGUUACCAACGACAAUAUCUGCACACUCAACAAGAGGGGUGAAGGCGCUUGUCACGGAGACUCCGGUGGUCCUUUGGUCGCCGACAAGGAACAAAUCGGCGUGGUGUCCUGGGGAAUACCAUGCGCGAGGGGUCGUCCGGAUGUCUUCACGCGUGUCUACAGUUACGCCAAAUGGAUCAGAAAGUACACCGAAGACGAGAGUCCUUAAACAAGAAACUUAUACUUGGAGCGAAUCAAACAAAUACUACUAAUUGGAUUUUAAUUUUCUUAACGAUAAAUAAAUCUAUUUGCAUGAAAUGUAUAUUUAGUUACGCGCGCGUCAACGCGUCCUACGCUUAUGCAAAUGUGCUUUAAGGUGACACUAAUUUUACUUCUCAUAUG